UGUGUGUGUGUGUGUGGAGAGAAAAUUAUUUUUUUUUGGAUUUAAUCGACGUCUCUCACCGGCGCGACGUUCGGCUUCGUGGAGGACGAGGCGCUGCAUGAUUUUUGUGUGGUCUCCGUGCGGCCGCGGGCUUUCAGGAGCAGUUUUUCACGCAGUGUAAUGGUUGUCAGUCGACAGCUGAAGCUCCUUGCCUAGUGGAAGAAGUCAAUCUUAAAGAGAUUCUUGCCAUGUGUGUUCCAAGAAAAUGGGUGUUAAUGCUUCUACCUACCCGUAUCCAUCAUGUCAGACAGCUGGGGUGAAAACGCAUUCGUCUAAUGCAAUCGGUGAAUCUCCUUCGCACCCACAGUUUGGAUGUCAACUGGAUGGGAAGUUCUGCAUCUCUGGGCUGGGCCAGGACAAGCGCGAGAAGAAGAAGAGCUCCAACCUCGCCCUGCUGAAGAAGAAGCUGUUCAGGCGUCGCAAGUCGGCCAAGUCAGCGGACCAUGCCAAGCACAUGCGUGAGCUCCUGUGUGGGUGGGACGUGCGUGACGUGGGCCUGCUGGUGAAGCAGUAUGAAGCAGCUUUGGCCGUGAAGGAGCUGGUGUUCCAAGCGUGUGUGGCCAGGCCAGAGGCCAGCCGGUUAAAUGAGGACCUGGCCAAGCUGUAUCAGUUCAAGUACUGUACUGACGUGGACCUGAUAUUCCAAGACACAUGCUUCCCCGUCCACCGCGCCAUAUUGGCAGCUCGGUGCCCUUUUUUCAAAACCCUGCUCUUGUCUAACCUGGACCGUGCCGAGCUGGUGAUGGACAUCAGCACUGUUGGCAUAGACAUGCCGAUAUUGUCCUCCCUUUUGCACUACUUGUAUAGUGGAGAGUUCGGCAUGCGUGACUCCCAGAUCAAGAACGUUGAUGUCCUGGUCCGUCUCAGUGAGGAGUUUGGCAUGCCCAACGCCCUUCACUUUGACAUCUACAGCCUCCUGGAAAGCUGCUGCUACUACGACGCAGUCCUCAGUUUCACCUCCAGCCCCGAAGUGACUGAUGGUUUUGAGGGGUGCCGUCUGGAGGGGGAUUUCCGCUGCCACAAGGCCAUCCUCUGUGCCCGCUCGCCCUUCUUCCGCAAUCUCCUCCAGAAGCGGAUUCGUAGUGGCGAGGAGACCACGGAUCGGACCUUGCAGACUCCAGCUAGGAUCGUUCUCAACGAAGCAAUCAUUCCAAAGAAAUAUGCAAAAGUCAUUUUGCAUUGCAUGUACACAGACCUGGUCGACCUGGACUUGGUUCUGCCGUUCAGCCCCUCUUCAGGGUGCUUGAGAGAAGUGCAGGAUGAAUCGGGGAAGGACAGCGAGACUCGAUUGGAGAACGCAAUGGAGCUCUUCCAUAUAGCACUCUUCAUCGAGUUUGAUAUGCUGGCACAAGGCUGUGAAGACCUGAUUGUUGAGAGCGCCACACUGGACUCCUUGGUUACCAUCCUGAAGUGGAGUUCCCAACCAUAUGGAUCCAAGUGGGUCCAUCGGCAGAUGCUGCAUUUCCUCUGUGAGGAGUUCAGUAACGUUGUUGCUUCAGACAUUCUCUUUGAACUCAGUAAGGAGCACCUGAUGGCAGCCAUCCAGUCGGACUACCUGCAGGCAAGUGAACAUGAUAUCCUGAAGGCUGUGAUUAAAUGGGCUGAACACCAGCUGGCAAAGCGUCUGACAGAUGAAGAGCCCAAUUUGUUGAAUGGGACUGCGCAUAGUGUCAACAAACGUGGUGUGAAGAAGCGCGACUUGGACUCUGUGCAGCUGCGUGAGAUUGUAUGCGACCUGGUGCCACACAUUCGCAUUGCUCACAUCCUACCACCGAAGAGCGAGGUCCUAUCUGAUGCUAUGAAGAGAGUGUUAAUCAGCUCGCUUCCGUUGGAUAUGCUUCCACCUCCAGAGGGAAGGAAAUGCAGAGCAUGGUUUUGCCUCAAGGCUUCCGGUAUCAGCGCCAGACCCCGCCUCUUCUCCCCAUACAUCGAGGAAGCCAAGAUUGUGCUGGAUGAACUGAUGUCGGAGCAGACGAGCUUGGAGAAGGUUCGAAUGAGCCGGAUCUCGAGUGUUCCGGACACUCUCUACAUGGUCGACUCGAGUGUAGCAGACUUUUCUCAUUUUAACUCUGGAUCCCCCCAGGGAUGUGAUGAGAAUGUAUCUGCAACUCUGCGUGACGAAGUACCUGUGCCCACGGUAGAGGUGGCCAAGGCCAUGUUCAGGCGGCUCGGGGAGGUCUGGCACAGUGACCAGGUACAGCGGGCAUAUGCUUUAAACAUCGGUGCGGGGGCUGCUGUCACCCAGGCAGUCUAUCUGCGUGUGGUCAGAGAGUUUGGCCUCUCUGAUGCCACCACUGAGUUAUUGAAGUAUCCCACGGUGUAUUUUCCCAACGAGCAUUUGAGCAUCGGCAGUCCGAUUUUCGGAAAACGCCCGCCGAACUCCCGCCGGGCCACUCCCAUGAAGGAAACCAACGUCCAGAGUUUGGACCCCUUCAGGAAUUUCAGCCCCCCACUUCCUCCCCCACCGCCUCCCUACCAUCCACCGCCAUCGCCCCGGAGAGAACGGGCGCAGUCCGGUGAACGGAAAGAAGACGGUCAGCCUACCUCAUGCCGCGCUUUGCGCACCAACCUGCUGCCCCACGCUGCCUCUCGGACCUCAGAACAGGCCGUGCAAGCUUCCAUCAGGGCCGUUAACAGCGAGGAGCCUGGCAAUGGUCACCCGCCACCCGAAGAGCAGAGUUGCCAGAGCUUGGUGAAAGACUUGAUGCCUGACAUAGCCAUGGCAGCCACGUCCAAGCAAAGUCUGACCUGCAAGGACCCCGAGCUGUGCAAGGCCGUGUCAGAAGUGGGCCGGGAAUGUGCGGAGCUGAGCACGGAGUCGUCCGAACCGCGAGGCAUCAGUAAGUACAGCUUGAGGAAGAAGAAGCACAUUCGGGGCCAGAAACCCCGGCGGCACGUUGACUUCUGGAACUACCCCGAUUUCUAUGACUUUUCCCCGGAGGAUUCCCGCCAGCCGUUUGUUUUGUCCCAAAAGCUGCCCAGUCCCGUCCCGUCCCCGUCCAAGGGCCACGCUUUCUGCCAGGAUUUGAAGAAUAAUAACUCCAGGCCGCCCGCCGGCUUAAAGCAAACUCAUUUAAACCCAGCAUCACCGUCCAAGAGGAAAGAAACCUUGAGCAGUGAAUCCACAGACACUCACGAGAAGCCUGACCUCAAGAGGACUUCUGUCAAUCUGGACCUGCCGCCCACAGUGGAGGUUGUCCAUUGUACUGCUGGCACUGAUCUGACCCACGGUCUACCAGCUCAUGAGGACAGGCCCUUUGAUGUACCUCCGCAGUUUGGAAGGCCUGACCAACAACCACUUUUGGAACCAGCAGAUUAUAAAGCCUUUGCUGGAGGGACGUUGAUAGGGACUGACUUAAUUCAUGGGUUGCCAGCCGAUGAACAGAAGCCCAGGUCCAGGCUGGUGUCUCCAAUAAAAUGUUCCUUUCUCACCUGUGAGCCGCCAUCGUCCCAGUUAAGGCAAAGGAGCUCUCCACAAUCCAUAGUAAAAUCAGACAACUUCUCUUCACCGGCACCGACCUGUUGUGAUUACCUUUACCGGAGAGGUGGCUCUGACACAGCCAUGACGGCAGACUUGACCUCCAGUCUUCCCACCAGCCCCAGUGUAGGCGUGCCGUUAAUCUCCGUCAACGAGGACACCUCUGGAAGACUAGCCGAGGCCAGCCACCUCUCACCCUCAAACUGUUGUAUCAGCCAUAGUGUGAACUCCAAGAGGCAGCCAAAUAAGGCUGAGGCUAGAGACUUUCCGUACAAAAAGUCAGCUCUAUAA